GGGUAGAAGAGAAGAGAAUAGAAGAGAAACGGCUUGAUUUGUAAUCUUUACAACUGCCACCCAUUUCCAUUACCAUUACCAUUACCAUUACCACUCCAACACAGCUUUCUGGUUUUUUGGUCUCUAUAAUUUUUUUAUAUUUAUUUUUGGUAAUUUUCCAAAAAUAAUUGUUUCUGCGACAUAAAUAAUUUUGAGGGAGUGUAAGGAAACAAAGGUUAGGGCUAUUUGUAUUGUUUCUUUCUUCUUGUGUUUUUUUUUUCUUAUUCGUAGGAGGACCUCUCUCUGGAUUUCAUGGUGGAGAGAGAUCUCCAUUUGGCUUCUAUUUGAUUUCUUCUUCUGGGCUUGCAUUUUUUGAUCUUCAAAUAAAGGUAAGGUGGUGCGGGGUAUUGUUUAUACAGAUAAUAGAGGGGACGGGGGCGAGGGAGAUAUGACGAGCGUAUCAAGAUUUUGGGAAAAGGUGUAUAUGAUGGCGGAAGGGGGAUCUCAUUAUUGUUCUAAGAAGACGGAUGAUAUAUGCGGCGAUGCCUGUGAUGAGGACUCUGGACGGCCUUUGAGCAUGACAAGAUUAAAAUGCAUUCUGCGAGGGCUGGAUUUAAAAGCAUAUCUCUUUCUCUUUGUGUUGGUCCCGACAUGUGUGUUUGUUAUAUAUGUGCAUGGACAGAAGAUUACAUACUUUCUGCGGCCUUUAUGGGAAUCUCCACCGAAGCCCUUCCAUGAGAGACCUCACUACUAUCACGAGAAUGUAUCCAUGGAAAAUCUCUGUAAACUCCAUGGUUGGGGAAUACGUGAGUAUCCUAGGCGAGUUUAUGAUGCAGUGUUGUUCAGCAAUGAGGUAGACAUCCUGAAGAUACGAUGGAAGGAGUUGUAUCCUUAUGUCACAGAAUUUGUCCUACUUGAAUCAAAUUCAACUUUCACUGGGCUGCCAAAGCCUUUCGUCUUCUCUAAUUUCCGGGAUCAAUUUAAAUUCGUGGAGCCUAGAUUAACUUAUGGACAAGUCCCAGGAAGGUUUAAGAGAGGAGAAAACCCAUUUGUUGAGGAAGCGUAUCAGAGACUUGCAUUAGACUAUCUUCUCAAACAAGCUGGUAUUCAGGAUGAUGACUUGUUAAUAAUGUCUGAUGUUGAUGAGAUACCGAGUCGACACACAAUUAACCUCUUGAGGUGGUGUGAUGACAUACCUCCAAUCCUCCAUCUUCGUUUGAGGAACUAUCUCUAUUCGUUUGAGUUUCUGGUUGAUAAUAAUAGCUGGAGAGCUUCUGUUCACAUUUAUCAAUCCGGCAAGACAAGAUAUGCUCAUUAUCGGCAGUCUGAUGAAAUUUUGGCCGAUGCGGGGUGGCACUGUAGCUUUUGCUUCCGACGCAUCAACGAGUUCAUAUUCAAGAUGAAAGCUUACAGUCACGUUGAUCGGGUGAGAUUUUCCCAUUUUCUGAAUCCUAAAAGAAUCCAGAGAGUGAUCUGCAAAGGCGCUGAUUUGUUUGACAUGCUGCCCGAAGAGUAUACUUUCAAGGAAAUAAUUGGAAAAAUGGGGCCUAUCCCACACUCAUACUCUGCAGUUCAUCUCCCCGCGUAUCUUUUGGAGAAUGCCGAUCAAUUUAAAUUUCUUCUACCAGGCAAUUGCUUACGAGAGAGUGGAUGAAAGGAAUGGAUCGAGUCCAUAUACACUUACUGUGGGCUGAUGUCCGCUUUGGCUCUCAGGGAAUGGUAUCCGUUGCCCAAUGAUGACUGUGGUGUGUUGCUUUUAUAACCAUGCACAUGUCUAGCAUACUUAUAUCAUUCUUUUUACAAGAGUUUGGACAGAAAUUGGAUGUAUCUUGGAUUUCUAGAGUGAGCUUUUGUAUAUAAUUUUCUUAGAGUUGAUUUUCAUGCGAAUGGAUAGUAUCAGUGCACUAAGUGGGAAAUUGUUUGUGGCAGGAACUUUUUGUUACUAGGGUUGCUUACUUAUGUGAUAUGACUUGUGCAUUAUGCUCCGUACGAGGUUCAAUGUGAUUCUUGCCCGUUUCUCA